GGGGCGCCGCGCUGGGGCUGGCGGAACGUGUCGUGCCCGGCCUGCCGGGUGCUCUUCGGAGCGCUGGACCUGGCGCUGCAGCUGGAGCCGAACGUGGCCCGCGUGGGGCGCGUGGCGUCGCGGCUGUGCCAGGAGCUGCGGCUGGCGCGGCCGCCCGUGUGCCGCCAGGCCGUGCAGCUGUUCCAGGGCGACGUGGUGGCAGCCUGGGCGCGCUCCGUGCUGCGCCCGCCCGAGGCCUGCGGGCUCCGGGGGGGGCAGCAGAGCCGCGGGGACCAGCUGCGGGCGCUGCGCACGGUGACGGCGCUGCUCCGCUCCCGCCUCGGGGCGCUGCGCGUCUUCCCGGCCGUGGGCAACCACGAGGCCACCCCGGUGAACGCCUUCCCCCCGCCCUACGUGCGCGGCAACCGCUCGGCAGCGUGGCUGGCCGGCGGGUUCUACACAGCACCGGUCUGGCCUGGGCUGCGCCUCGUCUCCCUCAACAUGAACUUCUGCUCCCAGGCCAACUUCUGGCUCCUCAUCAAUGCCACUGACCCUGCAGGGCAGCUCCAGUGGCUCAUGGGGGUCCUGGCAGACGCUGAGCGUGAUGGGGAGAAGGUGCACAUCAUUGGGCACAUCCCCCCUGCCCACUGUCUGCGCAGCUGGAGCUGGAACUACUACCGCAUCGUCAACAGGUUCGAGGGCACCAUCGCGGCCCAGUUCUUCGGGCACACUCACCUGGACGAGUUCGAGUUGUUCUACGAUGAGGAGACGCUCUCACGUCCCGUCUCCAUCGCCUUCGUCGCACCGAGCGUCACCACCUACAUCAACCUCAAUCCUGGACUGGAACUGGAUCAGGAUCAGCACAUAGUCCUUGUGCUCCCAUCAGCCCCCAGUACAGGCCCCUAA